UGAAUAGGCUUCCGCUCGAUAUUUGCAUCAUUACAAUGGUGUUCUAUCAUUCACUCCCGCCCAUUCAGGUACUUAGGUCCAAGUAGUGCUCACAGUCUUAUUCCGAGUCAUACACAGGUUUCGGCUUCUAUAAAUAAUACUGCUGACGAAAAACAACGGCGCCGGCUCCGAGCGCAGUUGGGCAUAGUCCUGUGCCUGUACAAGCCGUUCAACUUCGUAGCCCACGCCGUUCUCAGCAUCCAUAGAAAUGGCAACCUAUAAAUGAUCUCCCAAUAGAUCCCACUCCGAACUAAACAUAACGAUGAACUUAUUUACCAUCCCCUCUCCAUCAAGUCUCUGGACAACCGUACGUUCGGGUGGCGCAUUUCACGUUGCUUGUUCAUUUGCUGCAUUAUGGGUUUUUGUCAAAGUCCUAAGGAUGCUUCGCUGGCGAGUGAAGACGACUCAACUGCUAGGUCCGCCUCGUACCAGCCUCGUAUAUGGCGUUUCGCGCGACCUCGCCAUAUCUCAAGAUAGUGGUGCAAUCUAUGAACGUUGGGCGACGGAAUAUGGGGUAGUGUAUAUGAUUCCGAGCGUCCUCGGGGGGACUAGAGUCGUGCUGUGUGACCCAAGAGCUAUUGCACAUUUCUACGCUCGCGAGACUUGGACAUAUGUGCAGACGCCCCUUUCGUUGGCGUUUCUGGAGGCAUCGGUUGGCAAAGGGGUACUAUGGGCUCAGGGCGAAACUCACAGAAGGCAGCGGAAGGCCCUCACGCCAGCAUUCAGUAAUGGAGCCAUUCGGAAGCUUACAUCGGUGUUUUAUGACUCAGCAUACAAGGCCAAAGGAAAAUGGGAUACUGUCCUUGAAUCGAGCAAAGAUGGUGACGCUGUAAUCGAGGUCCAGAACUGGAUGAAUCAUAUAUCUUUGGACACGGUUGGCAUUGCUGGUUUCUCCCAUGAUUUUGGCUCGCUCGAUGGAAAGCGCGCCAGCGUGACCGAAGUGUUUGAUACAUUUGGAAGCAACAAACCUUCAGCAGCGAACGAAAUUUUUGUCCUACUCGCAUCAGUAUUUCCUAUCAUUCUCAAGAUCCCCACUGAGCGGCGGAAUCUACUCAAGAAACUUAGCAUCACCAUGGGACAAAUAUCUAACGAAUUGUUGAUUCGCAGCCGCCGGGAAAAGGGUGUCAACAUAGGCGGGAGAGGCCAGGAAAAUUCUGUUAUUGGAUUGUUGAGUACGCUGUCUGAGAGAUUCAUCGUAGCCUCUUACUAA